AUGGAUAGCCGAGUGCGAAAUGUACAACAGACGAAAAACACCCGUCCCAUCUCAAAAGGCACCCAUGCAGAGCAUAGAAGUUGGACAACCGAUGGAACUGUGGGCUAUGGACGUAUUAGGUCCACUUCCUAUGACUGCACGGGGGAACUAGUACAUCUUUGUUAUGUCCGAUCACUUCACCAAGUGGGUAGAGGCGGUGCCAAUUCCCAAUCAACGUGCCGAGACGGUAUAGCUAAAGCCUUCGUCAAUGAAGUGGUGACUCGACAUGGAGUCCCAAGUAAACUUCUAACCGAUCAAGGAUGGAACUUCGAGGCCGAUCUCAUGAAGCAAGUGUUCAGUCUUCUCGGUGUGCAAAAACUAAGAACUUCGCCGUACCAUCCCCAAACGGACGGACAAGUGGAGAGAAUGAAUCGCACGUUGAAGGGGAUUCUGACAGCUUAUGUAAAUAAGAACCAUAAUGAUUGGGACGAUCACUUACCACUGGCCUUGUUUGCAUACCGUAACAGUGUGCAUUCCUCGUCUGGAGUUUCACCUUUCAAGGCAAUUUAUGGUCGCGAAGCCACUACACCGCUGGUACUUAUGAACACCGAAACUGAAGUUAAGGAACAGUUUAUUUCAAAUUAA